AGAUGCUGAUGAUGCAGUUCGUGCUCGUAAUGGUUAUAAUUUUGAUGGCUACAAAUUGAAAGUUGAAAGACCACGAAGUUCAUCUGGAUUCCAAGGACGUCCAAGCAACUACAUCAGGGGUAGACCUGGUCCUCCUUCAAAAAGAACUGAGUACAGGGUUAUUGUUGAAGGACUACCUGGAAGUGGCAGCUGGCAAGAUUUAAAAGAUCACAUGAGGGAAGCUGGUGAUGUUUGUUAUGCUGAUGUGUACAGGGAUGGUAGUGGAGUUGUUGAGUUUGUAAACAAGGAAGACAUGAAGUUUGCCUUAAAACAUAUGGAUGAUACAAAAUUUCGAUCACAUGAGGGUGAAACUUCCUAUAUUCGUGUGAAAGCGGAAAAUGAUCGGAGACGAUCAACACCACGUCGGUCACGUUCAAACAGCAGAGGGCGUCGGCGCUCACCAACUUAUUCUCCAAGAAGAUCUCGUUCUAGAUCAAUGUCUAGGUCACGAUCACGGUCUUGAAUUAUUUUCACAGUACAAGAUUUUAAACUAAAAUGCUAUAGUAAUUGGACUUUAAUUAAUCUAAAAUAUUUUAAUUUUUUGACUGAAAGUAGUUUGAUUUUUAUUUCUUUGGCCUCACUUUUAAUGGUAAUUGUUGUGGGAUUGGUUGUAAGAAAAACCGUACAGUUUUUAAAAUAAAAAAAGGAUAAAGUACA